AUAUAUAUAUAUUAGCCUUUUUUCUUUGAGAAAUUUCCUUUAUCACAGGGAAAUAAUGUUUUAUUAACCUUGUGACAAAUUAUACAUAAAUGUCACCCUCAUAAUUGACCACCAUCUGACAUAUGUCAAAGAGCUUCAAACUUUUUAGGUUAUAUCGUAACAAUAACAAAUCUCAAGCAAUCAAAACAUAGAAACAUGUCGAAUUCAAACUUGGCCGGAACCGCUGGGAACACGGAGGAUGAGGAAUUGACGUUGCCACGAGCCAGCAUCAACAAAAUGAUAAAGGAACUCGUACCGUCUGUGCGAAUAGCCAACGACGCCAGAGAACUGAUACUUAACUGUUGCACUGAAUUCAUACAUCUGUUGAGCUCAGAGGCGAACGAAAUUUGUAAUCAACUACACAAAAAAACCAUCAACGCCGAACACGUACUGUUAGCGCUGGACAAGCUCGGAUUCGCGGAUUACCACGCUGAGGCGGAGGCCGUGUUAAAAGACUGCAAGGCGGUGGCGGCAAAACGUAGACGUCAAAGCACGAGACUAGAGAACUUAGGUAUACCAGAGGAGGAACUUUUGCGCCAACAACAGGAACUGUUUGCCAAAGCCAGGCAGGAGCAGGCCUUCGCAGAGCAACAACAGUGGGAACAGCUUCAGGCGGCCGCACAACAGGCCCAAGCUUCAGCUCUGCCCACAAACGACGACAAUGACGAUUACUCUUGAAACUCUGUUCUGUACAUAAUUUAGAAUAAGGUCUACUAUGAUAUUGAUUUUAAUAAACUAUUUGUAUAAAGCAGCGACUA